UGUUGGGAAGCCUACUACUGAGGAGGGCGCAGGUGUACACUGCACCGUAGCUAGGAGGCGCCGCUGGGAUGCGAGGCGCCGGGGGGGGACUGAGCACGACGCUGGCGGGAAAGGUCAGCGUAGUGGCGGUCGAGGGCGACAGUGUAAGGGCAUCGCGAGGAGGUAUGACCGUGGAGGCGUCGCAAACACCCACACCGGCCCAAAAUGGUCGCGCGCUCCUCGGCGGAAAGGACAUCGCGAGGAGGGACAAAGCCCUGCGGGAGGUCCUGCUGAGGGACCUUGGGGGGCGAUGCGCCAGUGUGACUAAGGCGGCUGCAUGCCCGAGAGAGGGUGGAGAGGGCGAGCUGGAGGCGCUCGACUAUAGGGAGGGUAAAAUCCUCCAGGUGGUAGUGGACGGCCUCGCAGAGGUAGAGGUCGUCGCUAUGGUCACCCUCAGGCGGCAGCGGGGCAACAACGUCAUGCUCACCAUACUCGAGCGCGCUGAAGUGGCGCGAGAAGUGGUGGCCCUGCUGCGCGGAACAGCGGGGGCGGCCGCGGAAAGGAGAACGACAUUGGGAAGUGCCGUGAGAGGAGGGGGCGUAGCCUGUACGCCGAGGCUGGGAGGAGGGAGUGGGGUGAAGACGGGCCCGCAUUUGCUGAUGGGUCCUGGUGGCCUCAAUCUGGGCGGGUGCACCUAUAGAGUGAGGGAGGGUCUGGCCAGUGGCGACCGUCAUGGUAGGAGCGUGGACGGUCACCAGGAUGGCCGGGUCGGGGGUGGCAGAGGAGGAAGCUCCGCCGUGGCCACCAUGUCGGAGGACGGGGGACACGGACUAGGAGCCAAGGGAACAGAAAGAGUUGGGAGAGGAAGGACGGGCAGCGUCCUGAAGUUGCCGCAUGCCAGCGGCAAGAGUCGCCAUGUGCUCCUGUAGAGGCGCAAGGGUCGCCAGUUGCACCUGGAUGGGCGCGAGGAGGGAGGUGAGGAGGGUGUGCAAAUCCCCCUAGGGUUGAUGGCCCUGGUCCGCCGUCAUGGGUAUGGAGCCCGGUGCCGAGGUCGUCGCCGCGUCCGCAGCUUGUGACACGCCGUUGGGCAUGGGGAGGUGACGUGUCGGACUGGAGGGGGCCAGAGGAGGUCCGCGUGAGCGGACGGCGUAGGGGGGGGUCCGCGGUAGAAAGCGAUGGGUGUCGCUAGUGAGUCGAGCGAGGGCGCCCGCAAAGGGGGAAGGAUGGUUCGGGUCCAGGGUGCCCGAAUGGAAAGGGGGAGUAGCGGGGGGGGUAGGAAAACCCUAAACCCUAGAAAAACCCUAAGAAAACCCUAACCGGGGUUUGAGUGGUUAGGGUAGGGUACCGGUGACCUAAUCAAGAAAAUAAAAUAGC